GGAGAGUCGGGGCGAGGGGAGGGCCUGCCAGGUGAGGCGCGGCCACCCUGGGCCUCUCACUUCCGCCCAGGUGAGGCAGGGCCGACACCUAGCCCGCCCGACCCGGGCUCCCACCUGCUCCUCCAGCGCACCAGGUAUCUUUUAAGAGUGGUUGAAGGGAAGAAUUCAAAAUGCCUGAAAAUCCUGCUACAGAUAAACUGCAGGUCCUGCAGGUACUUGAUCGCCUGAAAAUGAAAUUGCAGGAGAAGGGUGACACUUCGCAGAAUGAGAAGUUAUCUGUGUUUUAUGAGACACUAAAGAGUCCUCUCUUCAACCAGAUACUCACACUUCAGCAGUCCAUCAAGCAACUGAAAGGACAACUCAACCAUAUACCCUCAGAUUGUUCAGCCCACUUUGAUUUUUCUAGGAAAGGUUUGUUAGUGUUCACAGAUGGUUCCAUUGCUAAUGGAAAUGUCCACAGGCCCUCUAAUAACUCCACUGUAUCUGGGUUAUUUCCUUGGACCCCGAAGUUGGGAAAUGAAGACUUUAACUCAGUCAUUCAACAGAUGGCUCAGGGCCGGCAAAUUGAAUAUAUAGAUAUAGAACGGCCUUCAACUGGAGGCCUUGGAUUCAGUGUGGUGGCCCUCAGAAGUCAAAAUAUGGGGAAAGUUGAUAUCUUCGUGAAGGAUGUCCAGCCAGGGAGUGUAGCAGACAGGGAUCAAAGAUUAAAGGAAAAUGAUCAAAUAUUGGCCGUUAAUCACACACCAUUGGAUCAGAACAUUUCCCAUCAGCAAGCAAUUGCAUUAUUACAACAAACCACUGGAUCUUUGCAACUGAUUGUGGCCAGGGAACCAAUCCACACAAAAAGCAGUGCUUCUAGCAGCCUAACUGAUACAACUCUGCCUGAAACAGUUUGCUGGGGCCAUGUUGAAGAGGUUGAGCUCAUUAAUGAUGGCUCCGGACUAGGUUUUGGUAUAGUUGGAGGAAAAACAAGUGGCGUGGUUGUGAGGACUAUAGUUCCUGGAGGAUUAGCAGAUCGAGAUGGAAGACUCCAGACAGGGGACUACAUCUUGAAGAUUGGUGGCACAAAUGUGCAGGGAAUGACCAGCGAGCAAGUUGCACAAGUUCUAAGGAACUGUGGGAAUUCAGUCAGGAUGCUCGUUGCUAGAGAUCCAGCUGGUGACAUUUCAGUCACCCCUCCUGCCCCUGCAGCCUUACCUGUUGCCCUGCCUACUGUAGCCGGCAAAGGCCCUGGUUCUGACAGUUCUCUUUUUGAAACUUACAAUGUUGAGCUCAUGAAAAAAGAUGGGCAGAGUCUUGGAAUUAGAAUUGUUGGCUAUGUUGGAACAUCUCAUACAGGGGAGGCUUCAGGGAUUUAUGUGAAAAGUAUAAUACCUGGCAGUGCUGCGUACCACAAUGGCCACAUUCAAGUGAAUGACAAAAUAGUUGCUGUCGAUGGCGUGAACAUUCAGGGUUUUGCCAACCAAGAUGUUGUUGAAGUAUUACGAAAUGCAGGGCAGGUGGUACACCUAACCCUAGUUCGAAGGAAGACAUCCUCAUCUACUUCUCCACUUGAACCGCUUUCAGCCAGAGGAAUUGUUGUUGAACCACCCAAACCACCAGCUCUCUUUCUAACUGGAGCAGUGGAAACUGAAACUAAUGUGGAUGGUGAACAGGAGGAAAUUAAAGAUAGAAUGGAUAAUUUAAAUGACAACAUACAAGCCUUAGAAAAAUUGGAAAAAACCCCAGACUCUCCAGAAAAUGAGCUGAAAUCCAGAUGGGAAAACCUAUUGGGUCCUGAUUAUGAAGUAAUGGUUGCUACUUUGGACACACAGAUUGCAGAUGAUGCUGAGUUACAGAAAUAUUCAAAGCUGCUGCCUAUUCACACUCUGAGGCUUGGUGUGGAAGUGGAUUCCUUUGAUGGGCACCAUUAUAUUUCUUCAAUUGUUUCUGGUGGUCCUGUUGAUACAUUGGGUCUCCUACAGCCAGAAGAUGAGCUGCUUGAGGUCAAUGGCACACAGCUCUAUGGAAAAUCUCGCCGAGAAGCAGUCUCCUUUCUUAAAGAAGUGCCACCCCCUUUUACUUUGGUUUGCUGUCGGAGGUUGUUUGAUGAUGAGGCUUCUGUAGAUGAACCAAGGCACACUGAAACCUCUCUUCCUGAGAUGGAGAUUGACCGCGAUAUGGAUGUCAAUGCUGAAGAAGAUGAUGAUGGGGAAUUAGCACUGUGGUCCCCUGAAGUCAAGAUUGUUGAACUAGUAAAAGAUUGUAAAGGUUUGGGAUUCAGCAUUUUGGAUUACCAGGACCCUUUAGAUCCUACAAGAUCAGUGAUUGUGAUCCGCUCCCUGGUAGCAGAUGGUGUAGCAGAAAGAAGUGGGGGACUAUUACCUGGAGACCGCCUGGUAUCUGUCAAUGAAUACUGUUUGGACAACACCUCACUUGCUGAGGCUGUGGAAAUACUGAAAGCUGUGCCGCCAGGCAUAGUACGCCUUGGCAUCUGUAAGCCGUUGGUGGAAGAUAAUAAAGAAGAAGAAAGUUGUUAUAUUUUACAUUCAAGCAGUAAUGAAGACAAGACUGAACUUUCAGGAACAAUUCAUGAUAUAAAUUCAUCUUUAAUACUCGAAGCUCCCAAGGGAUUUAGAGAUGAACCAUAUUUUAAAGAAGAACUUGUGGAUGAACCAUUUCUAGAUCUGGGAAAGUCUUUCCAUUCCCAACAAAAAGAGAUAGAGCAAAGCAAGGAAACCUGGGAGAUGCAUGAAUUUCUGACUCCUAGAUUGCAGGAAAUGGAUGAAGAAAGAGAAAUGCUUGUUGAUGAAGAAUAUGAGUUAUAUCAAGAUCCCUCUCAGUCCAUGGAGUUGUAUCCCUUGUCACACAUUCAAGAGGCCACUCCUGUGCCCUCCAUGAAGGAACUUCACUUUGGUACACAGUGGUUGCAUGGUAAUGAACCAUCCGACUCUCAAGAGCCAAGAUCCGGGAGGAGUAUCUAUUCCCAGGAGGCACAGCCAUAUGGCUAUUGCCCUGAAAAUGUGAUGAAAGAAAAUUUUGUCAUGGAGUCCCUACCAUCUGUACCAUCAACUGAAGGAAACAGUCAACAAUGCAGAUUUGAUGACCUGGAAAAUCUUAAUUCAUUAGCAAAAAGUAGUCUGGAUUUAGGCAUGAUCCCGGAUGAUGCCCAAGGUCCUAGCUUGCUCAUUGACCUUCCUGUUGUGGCUCAAAGUAGGGAGCAAGAAGAUUUGCCUUUAUAUCAACACCAAGCGACGCGAGUUAUUUCCAAGGCCUCAGCAUACACAGGAAUGUUGUCUUCUAGAUAUGCCACUGAUACAUGUGAGUUACCUGAGAGAGAAGAGGGCGAAGGAGAAGAAACUCCAAAUUUUAGCCACUGGGGUCCACCGAGAAUUGUUGAGAUUUUUAGAGAACCCAAUGUGUCUCUUGGAAUCAGUAUUGUUGGUGGACAAACUGUUAUAAAACGUCUAAAGAAUGGAGAGGAACUUAAAGGUAUAUUCAUCAAACAAGUUUUAGAAGACAGUCCAGCAGGGAAAACAAACGCACUUAAAACUGGAGAUAAAAUACUUGAGGUGUCUGGAGUAGAUUUGCAGAAUGCCUCACACAGCGAAGCAGUUGAGGCCAUUAAGAAUGCAGGAAACCCUGUGGUGUUCGUUGUUCAGAGCUUGUCAUCCACUCCACGAGUCAUUCCUAAUGUACAUAACAAGGCCAACAAAAUCACCAGUAACCAGAACCAGGACACCCAAGAAAAGAAAGAAAAGAGGCAAGGAACUGCCCCACCGCCAAUGAAACUCCCUCCUCCUUAUAAAGCUCGGUCUGAUGACAGUGAUGAAAAUGAAGAAGAAGAUGCCUUUACCCACCAAAAAAUCAGACAAAGAUAUGCAGAUCUGCCUGGAGAACUGCACAUUAUUGAACUUGAAAAAGAUAAGAAUGGACUUGGACUCAGCCUUGCUGGUAAUAAAGACCGAUCACGCAUGAGCAUAUUUGUGGUGGGAAUUAACCCGGAAGGACCUGCUGCCACAGAUGGACGAAUGCGUAUUGGAGAUGAACUCUUAGAGAUAAACAAUCAGAUUCUGUAUGGAAGAAGUCACCAAAAUGCAUCUGCCAUUAUUAAGACCGCCCCAUCAAAGGUCAAGCUGGUUUUCAUCAGAAACGAGGAUGCAGUCAAUCAGAUGGCCGUUCCUCCCUUUCCAGUGCCAUCAAGUUCUCCAUCUUCUAUUGAGGAUCAGAGCGGCACUGAACCUGUUAGUAGUGAGGAAGAUGGCAGCCUCGAAGUUGGUAUUAAACAAUUGCCUGAAAGUGAAAGCUUCAAACUGGAAGACAUGUCGCAGGUGAUUGGCCAGGGCAUGGUAGCAGAUCAGCAGAAGGCACUGGAAUACCCACCUGACAAUGUACACAACUUGUACUUCAGGUUUUGCUCUACUGGAGUAGCAUGUGUUAUAGACUGGGUUCCAAAAGAAAAGGAGGCUGUCAGCCAGAUGAAACAGCAAAAAUAUCCAACAAAAGUCUCCUUCAGUUCACAAGAGAUACCGUUAGCACCAGAUUCAUCGUACCAUUCAACAGACACAGACUUCAUAGGCUAUGGUGGUUUCCAGGCUCCUCUGUCAGUGGACCCCGCAACGUGCCCCAUUAUCCCUGGACAGGAAAUGAUUAUAGAAAUAUCCAAGGGACGUUCAGGGCUUGGUCUCAGCAUUGUGGGAGGAAAAGACACACCGUUGAAUGCUAUAGUUAUCCAUGAAGUCUAUGAAGAAGGGGCAGCAGCCAGAGAUGGAAGACUUUGGGCUGGUGACCAGAUAUUAGAGGUUAAUGGGGUUGACCUGAGGAACUCCAGCCAUGAAGAAGCCAUCACAGCCCUGAGGCAGACCCCCCAGAAGGUGCGGCUGGUGGUGUACAGAGAUGAGGCACACUACCGGGAUGAGGAGAACUUGGAGAUGUUCCCUGUGGAUCUGCAGAAGAAAACUGGCCGGGGCCUGGGCCUGAGCAUUGUUGGGAAACGAAAUGGAAGCGGAGUGUUUAUUUCUGACAUCGUGAAAGGCGGAGCCGCAGACCUGGAUGGGAGAUUGAUUCAGGGAGAUCAGAUCUUAUCUGUGAAUGGGGAGGACAUGAGAAAUGCCUCACAGGAGACAGUGGCCACCAUCCUAAAGUGUGCACAGGGGCUUGUGCAGCUAGAGAUUGGAAGACUCCGAGCUGGUUCCUGGACCUCCGCAAGGAAGACAUCACAGAACAGUCAGGGCAGUCAACAGAGCGCACACAGCAGCUGUCGUCCCUCCUUCACUCCUGUCAUCACUGGCCUGCAAAACCUGGUUGGCACAAAAAGAGUUUCAGAUCCUUCCCAGAAAAAUUCAGGCACAGAUAUGGAACCAAGGACUGUUGAGAUAAACAGGGAGCUCAGUGAUGCCCUUGGAAUCAGUAUUGCUGGAGGAAGAGGAAGUCCCUUAGGAGAUAUCCCUAUAUUUAUUGCCAUGAUUCAGGCCAGUGGAGUGGCUGCACGGACACAGAAGCUUAAAGUUGGGGAUCGGAUUGUCAGCAUUAACGGGCAACCUUUGGAUGGGCUGUCUCACGCGGAUGUGGUUAAUCUGCUGAAGAACGCCUUCGGGCGCAUUAUCCUGCAGGUUGUAGCAGAUACCAACAUAAGUGCCAUAGCAGCUCAGCUUGAAAACAUGUCUACAGGCUACCACCUUGGUUCACCCACUGCUGAACACCAUCCAGAAGACACAGAAACACCUCCACCUAAGAUUAUUGCUUUGGAGAAAGGCUCUGCAGGAUUGGGGUUUAGUAUUGUAGGGGGUUAUGGAAGUCCCCAUGGAGACCUGCCAAUUUAUGUCAAGACUAUAUUUGCAAAGGGAGCCGCUGCAGAUGACGGCCGAUUAAAACGAGGGGAUCAGAUUUUAGCUGUUAAUGGCGAGAGCCUGGAAGGUGUUACUCACGAGCAAGCGGUAACCAUUCUCAAACACCAGAGAGGGACUGUAACCUUAACUGUGCUGUCGUGAGCCUCGGGCCUGGUCACAAGAUAGAUGUUGUUGUUUAGAAUAUCCACAGGCAAAUGAAGUUCUGAGUGGGUAUGAAAAGCACCCUCAACUAAAAUGCACCUUCAUUCUUAUUUCUUGUCCUCUCUGCUCAGGAGAAAUGGCUAAGGUUUCAUGUGAAUUUCCCAAAUCAAUCAUCAUCUCCUAAUGUUUCCCAGUUCCUGUCACCUGUUGGUGAGGUUGAUUUCUAAAACUGAAAUGAGUCUAUCUGUUUUGCAUUUAAUUUCAGUGUUCUGAUUUCUUUUUUUUUUUUUUUUUUGAGACUGAGUCUCUGUCACCCAGACUGGAGUGCAGUGGCGCCAUCUUGGCUCACUGCAACCUCUGCCUCCCAGGUUGGAGCAAUUCUCCUGCCUCAGCCUCCCGAGUAGCUGGGAUUACAGGCAUGCAUCACCAUGCAGGGCUUAUUUUUGUAUUUUUAGUAGAGACAGAGUUUCCCCAUAUGGGCCAGGCUGGUCUUGAACUCCUGACCUCAGGUGAUCUGCCUGCCUUGGCCUCCCAAAGUGCUGGGAUUCCAGGUGUGAGCCACCGCGCCCAGCCCAAUAUUCUGAUUUUAACCAGUUGGUUCUGAUUAUAUUUGCCAAACCUGGAGUUAACCUCUCUUUCCUUAUGCUCUUCUCUCCCUAUCCCCUACUCAUACCGAGGCUUAACAGCAACCUCAGAUCUCACCCAAUGGACAGAAACAAAUGUUAAGCAACUUGUCAUCUCACUCCUGAUUUACUUAUGCUAAUUGUCUCUUCAAGCAAGCAAGAAAACAUUAGCAGUGUAAUUAAAUUACCAGUGAUACCCAAGAUGAAAUACCAGAUUCUCCUAUGGGAAAUUACUGUGCUGUCUUCUGUAUGACUUAUAGUCAAAUAAGUCUCAAAUUCAUUUCUCUGGAUAGAUCUUUAUAUGCUAGUCAUUGGUGAUUUUGAUGAGUCAAUUUACAGACUGUAAUCUUCUAAAAAUUCUGAAAGACUAAUUGUUUUCUGCGUCAUCUAAAUGCAUACCACUGAGCAACUGAAUCUUAUUCUCAACAGGAACAACUAGCAUACAUGUUCUGAAUUCUAACAAUGCUAAAUUAAAUUCAAAUCCAGGAAGAUCACCUGGAAUUAAUGGCAUUUCAGUAGGCAGGCAUCAUUCCCACCCCUCGGUCUUAGGAAAAGGAGGUAGAAGCCCCAGAACCACACUGCAGAGAUAAGCAAGUUUUGUCUCAAGUCAAACAAGGUCUGGGUGGCCUUGGCCUUGUACAAAGUAGGGAGACAUAUUUGAUUAUCUUUCCCUUCACCUCCGUAGCAGUCAGUCCAGCAGCACAGACUACAGGAACCUAAAUGGAGCAACAUACUUAGCUGCAAAGUGAGCAAAUGAAUUGAGCCUAGGAAUCUGUGAUGAAAAUGCAUGGCUGAAGUUUCCUGAUCUCCAAGGAGACUCCCAUUUGCUGAAGUUUUGCAUGCUAAGAAAGCAGCUACAGCAGAAAAUACAAGAAUACUUUUAAGUCGAUUAUUGGCAAUCUUACUCAUAUAUUAGCAAGAAAAAGGGAGAGAUGCUUACUGGUGGAUGCUAUAGAGUCCUCUGUUUUUAAAAGUACCAUGGCCAGGUACAGUGACUCACACCUGUAAUCCCAGCACUUUGGGAAGCCAAGGCAGGUGGAUCAUGAGGUCAGGAGUUUGAGACCAGCCAGGCCAACAUGGUGAAACCCUGUCUGUACUAAAAAUACAAAAAUUAGCCGGGUGUAGUGGCAGGCGCCUGUAAUCCCAACUACUCAGGAAGUUGAGGCAGGAAAAUUGCUUGAACCUGGGAGGUGGAGGUUGCAGUGAGCCAAGUUCGUGCCACUGCACUCCAGCCUGGGUAACAGAGCAAGACUCUGUCUCAAAAAAAAAAAAAAAGAAAAGAAAAAAAAAAAAACAUGAAGGAUGAGUACUAGAGUCAGUAAUAGAAGUAGUUCAGCAUUAUUUAACUACAACACAAUGCUGCAAAUAUUUCACAGUAAUUGUCAAAGUUUAACGGGCUCUAAUUUAAAAUGUUAUUUAAUAAGUAUAGAUUUUAAUUGAGAAUUAUCUUUGAGUAGAUGUAAUCACAAAGUGCAUUAACUCUUAUUGGAAUAUUUUAUGGCUAUUCCAAAGUAUAGAGUGCCUAAAUUUUGUGUUGAAAACGUCUUUCAUGACGAUAUUGAGUUUUCUGAAAUUACACACGGCUUUUAAAAUUUCUAAUGUAUCCAAGAUGUGCAAUGUUGUUAGGAUCUCAUUUUUCAAUGCAUGAAAAGCCACCAACCUCAGAACAUUUUGUGUUAAUUAUACCUGCAAGAACACCUCAGGCAAGCCACGAAGAAAUGAAACCCAAAUGAAACUUGAAAAUGCACCUUAAAAAUAUAUAUACAUAUAAUAGUUUUGAAACGGGAUUCUGCUUUAUUUUGAUGGAAUGGCCAUUAAAUACACAUUUUGAGAUAAUA